AUGAGAGCUCCUCCGGUUACCCCAACUCCCACCAGCCGCCAGUGCACGAUUAGCAAGCAAGGGCCUAGGACCCCCUCCACGAGUCCCGGAACCCCGCCCACUCGCUCUAUAUCCGCUUCGCCUCUCCAAGCUAAAAAAGUACCACGCAAUGCUCGCUCCACCCCUUCCCCUAUCAAACGCCACGACGCGAUCACCAACAAUGAGCCCGGGGACUCAGAGAAACGACAGUGUGUUGAAAAAACUGAACUAGCUUUUGUACACAAGGCGCCCAUCAAACCAAACCCGCAAAAGCCAGUUACUGGAAUCCGGCCUUUGCUUGAAACUAGUAUGACAGGUGUCGCUCCCAAGACCCCCGCAAAGCCAAAUGUGAACACCGUUGUCCAAUUAUUCUGCCUUGAAGUCAUCUGGGAAUGGUUCCCUGAAUGCAAACCUCAACACUUCUGA